GCAAAAUGCACCGGAAGAAGAGGAAGACGAUGAUGGCGCCAAGGCAGCAAAACAAUCGUUGGUAAAGUCUCGAAAGGCCGUCUCGGUUCGGUCUGUGGAGGCCGCCGCGUGUUCUCCUGCUCCGUCCGGACCCCGCCGCGGCUGACGGCCGUUCCUCUGUGCUUUCGGAACCGGUUUUUCCCCACUCAAGAGCCCCACAGUCAGAUCCCAGCAGAACCUGCAGCUUCGGCCACAACUGCAGCGGCGAUGAACAGGAAGAAGGACAAAGGCUUCGAGAGCCCUCGGCCUUUUAAAUUGACUCACCAGGUGGUGUGCAUCAACAACAUCAACUUCCAGAGGAAGUCCGUCAUUGGCUUUGUGGAGCUGACCAUUUUCCCCACGGUGGUCAACCUCAACAGGAUCAAGCUUAACAGCAAGCAGUGUCGCAUCUACAGAGUCCGAGUCAAUGACCUGGAAGCUCCGUUCAUCUACAACGACCCCACGCUGGAGGUGUGCCACAGCGAGUCCAAGCAGAGGAACCUCAACUAUUUCUCCAGUGCCUACACGGCUGCAGUGAGUGCCGUGGACCCCGAUGCUGGAAAUGGAGAGCUGGUCAUCAAAGUUCCCUCUGAACUCUGGAAACAGGGAGAUGAGCUGAAUGUGUUGAAGGUGUACAUAGACUUCUCCCUGGACCAGCCAAAAGGAGGUCUGCACUUUGUUGUUCCAGAUGUGGAGGGCAGUAUGGCAGAGAGGGCUGCUCACGUUUUCUCCUUUGGUUAUCAGAACUCCACCAGGUUCUGGUUCCCCUGUGUGGACUCCUACUCUGAGCUGUGCACGUGGAAGCUGGAGUUCACGGUGGAUGCAUCCAUGGUGGCUGUAUCCUGUGGAGACCUGGUUGAAACCAUCUACACAAAUGACAUGAGGAAGAAAACCUUCCACUAUGUCCUUCCCAUUCCCACGGCGGCUCCCAACAUCUCUCUGGCUGUGGGCCCCUUUGAAAUCCUGGUGGACCCCUACAUGCACGAGGUGACCCAUUUCUGCCUGCCGCAGCUGCUUCCUCUGCUCAAACACUCCAUGUCCUUCCUGCACGAAAUCUUUGAGUUCUAUGAGGAGAUCUUGACGUGCCGCUAUCCGUACUCCUGUUUCAAAACCGUGUUUGUGGAUGAAGCCUACGUCCAGGUGUCCUCCUAUGCCUCCAUGAGCAUCUUCAGCACCAACCUGCUGCACAGCCCCAUGAUCAUUGACCAGACCCCGCUGACUCGCCGCUGUCUGGCCCAGGCCCUGGCUCAGCAGUUCUUUGGCUGCUUCAUCUCCAGAAUGUCAUGGGCGGAUGAGUGGGUGCUGAAGGGCAUCUCUGGUUACAUCUACGGCCUGUACCUGAAGAAGACGUUUGGAGUGAACGAGUAUCGACACUGGUUCAAAGAGGAGCUGGACAAGAUUGUUGAGUACGAGCUGAAAAUGGGAGGCGUGCUGCUGCACCCCACCUUCACUGGAUGCAAAGACAAGGACAGUCCAACGCCCCACCUCCACUUUUCCAUCAAGCACCCCCACACCAUGUCCUGGGAGUACUACAAGAUGUUCCAGUGCAAAGCUCACCUGGUGAUGAGGCUCAUAGAAAACCGAAUCAGCAUGGAGUUCAUGCUGCAGGUUUUCAACAAGCUGCUGAGCCUGGCCAGCACGGCGUCCUCACAGAAGUACCAGAGCCACAUGUGGAGCCAGAUGCUGCUGUCCACUUACGGCUUCCUCAAGUCCAUCUCCAACGUUUCAGGCAAAGACAUCGGCCCCCUCAUCAAGCAAUGGGUAGACCAGAGCGGUGUGGUGAAGUUCUUUGGGAGCUUUGCCUUCAACAGGAAGAGAAAUGUUCUGGAACUGGAGAUCCGGCAAGACUACACAUCGUCCGGGACUCAGAAAUAUGUGGGUCCAAUCAAGGUGACGGUACAAGAACUGGACGGUUCUUUCAACCACACGCUGCAGAUAGAAGAAAACAGCCUCAAACAUGACAUUCCUUGUCAUUCAAAGAGUAGAAGGAACAAGAAAAAGAAGAUUCCUCUGAUGAAUGGGGAAGAAGUGGACAUGGAUUUAUCAGCCAUGGAUGCUGACUCCCCUCUCCUUUGGAUCCGGAUCGACCCCGACAUGUCCAUCCUGAGGAAGGUGGAGUUUGAGCAGGCAGACUUCAUGUGGCAGUAUCAGCUCCGCUAUGAGAGGGACGUGGUUGCACAGGAGGAGGCCAUCAGUGCUCUGGAGAAGUUUCCGACCCCCGCCUCCAGGCUGGCUCUGACGGACAUCCUGGAGCAGGAACAGUGCUUCUACAAAGUUCGCAUGCUGGCCUGCUUCUGUUUGGCCAAGAUAGCCAACUCCAUGGUGAGCACUUGGCAGGGCCCGCCAGCCAUGAAGUCUCUCUUCACCAGAAUGUUCUGCUGUAAGAGCUGCCCCAACAUUGUCAAGACCAACAAUUUCAUCAGCUUCCAGAGCUACUUCCUGCAGAAGACAAUGCCAGUUGCCAUGGCUCUGCUGAGAGAUGUACAGAACCUGUGUCCCAAAGAUGUCCUCAACUUUAUACUUGAUCUCAUCAAGUACAACGACAACAGGAAGAACAAAUUCUCAGAUAACUACUACCGAGCCGAGCUGAUUGAAGCCCUCACCAACUCCCUGACCCCCGCCAUCAGCAUCAACAAUGAAGUGCGAACGGUGGACAACCUGAACCCUGACGUGCGCCUCAUCCUAGAGGAGAUCACACGCUUCCUGAACAUGGAGAAACUGCUGCCGAGCUUCAGGAACACCAUCACUGUCAGCUGCCUCAGAGCCAUCCGGCAGCUGCAGAGGAACGGACACAUCCCCAGCGACCCGUCUCUCUUCACAUCCUAUGCAGAGUACGGACACUUUGUGGACGUUCGCAUCGCUGCGCUGGAGGCUCUGGUGGACUACACUCGAGUGGAAAGAAGCUCAGCAGAGCUGCAGUGGCUGCUUACUCUGGUCCACAAUGAUCCAGUUCACUAUGUCAGGCAUAAGAUCCUGAGCAUGCUCUGUAAGAACCCUCCUUUCACCAAGAUGACGGACUCGGCUCUGUGUAAUGAAGCUCUGGUGGAUCAGCUGUGGAAGCUCAUGAACUCAGGUGCCUGUCACGACUGGCGGCUGCGCUGUGGUGCCGUGAAUUUCUACUACACUCUGUUUGGUCUGACCCGGCCGUCAUGUCUGCCUCUGCCGGAGCUGGGCCUGGUCCUUAACCUGAAGGAGAAGAAGGCGGUCCUCAAUCCCACUAUUAAGCCUGAGCUUGGCGUGGCUGCCGUCAUGGACUCUCCAGCCAGCAUAGGGAUCCAUGGCGUGGGCAUGAGCUACACAGCUGAGGAUGAGGAACCAGAUCCCAUUUCUCUAGGAGUGUGUGGGGUGGGCCAGCCCCCACAAGGCCUGAAGAGGAAGGCGGAAACCCCCCUGGGCUCCCCCCCAGAGCCAGGGCAGGUUCUGCAGCAGCAGCAGGACGAGGAUGGAAGAGGACGCUACAAGAUCAGGUUCAACACGAUGGAGGAAGAAGACAUCGACAUGGAGACCGUUCAUGACAGCCAGGCCUUCAUUCACCAUCAUCUUAACCUGCUAGAGAGGCCUUCUACGCCAGGCAAAGAGCCCCCGCUCAUGGAGCAGACGCUGCUCUCCAUGCCGGCCACCCCGGUGCCGUCCUUCUCCAAGGAGACGGCGUCCUCGUCUUCUAAGCACGGUGGCGACCACGGCCAUCACCACCACCAUCACCACCACGAGCACAAGAAGAAGAAGAAGAAGCACAAGCACAAACACAAACACAAGCACAAGCAUGAGAGCAAGGACAAGGACCGAGAGCGGGACCGCGACACCCCCCACGCCUACAGCAACAGCCCAGCCAGCGGCCUGUCGCUGCGCUCGCCGUCUCUGUCCGACUGAACUGCAGUUCUGGAUCAGCGGCAGAUUUCUGCUGCUCCUAACAUGCAUGAAAGAAAGAACUGCACCCCCAUAACCCACCCCGCUCCAGCGUCCAAGUCCAAGACCAACCCCCAAAAAUGGAUGUUUGGACCGAUCACCAUCCGGGUCACUCUGGCCAUUUGUCCCCUAACCAGGUUUGAGCUGGGGGGAGCACUUUGGGCCGGCACCAUUUAAACUGGUCAGACUCCAGAAACCAAAGUAUGCAUGUGAGCAUGCAGACCACUGUGAGGUUCACUGCCAUCUGGUGUUUGUCGUUGAAACUGCAGGAUCUGAGGAAAGUUUGAUUGGUUGAGUGGAAACAUCUGCAGGUUUCUUCCAGUUCGGCGUUGAUUCUGCUGUUUUCUGCCUGAGACCAGGUUCUACCGGGACGGACUGCUCUUCCCAACUGACCGGAGGAGCGGCAGGGACCACAGGAACACGUCUUUUCAAAUAAAACUCCUUGGAGUGGA